ACGACGAUUCUUAAGUUCAGGAUGGAACUCAGAAAAGGGCCCUGGUCGAAAAAGAUCAUAGUUCCAGCCUGCUUUUUGGUAAUUCUAAUCUGGAUCUUUCUAAUCGACAAUUCGUUACUUCUCGCCGGCCUGGCUGGCAAACCGACCUCACAGAAACCCAGAAACUCAAUUUCUUCUACACAAACACACAAUCAAAAUCUGGACCAUCCAUACGCCAAGGAUACCUCUUUGAUAAACGAUGUCGAACCGAAACACAAAAAGCUAUCGAAACUUCAAAUGGUGUCACUUUGGACAGGCAACAGCAGCGUUAAAGAAGGGAACUUGGCCGGCCCGCGAACGUAUCAGAUCUUAAAACAACAAGGUUUAAUGCCCAGCAAACAGUUGCCGACCGCUUUGAUAAUCGGCGUCAAGAAAGGCGGGACUAGAGCUUUGCUAGAGUUCCUGAGAUUGCAUCCCGCGAUUCGUGCCGCUGGAUCGGAGGUGCACUUUUUCGAUCACCAUUACAUCAAGGGAUUUCAUUGGUACAGACACCGAAUGCCCCCGACUCUUGCCACUCAGAUCACGAUGGAGAAGACGCCAUCUUAUUUCGUGACCAGCGAGGUACCGCGAAGAGUUCAACGCAUGAAUCCGGCAAUGAAAUUAAUUCUAGUAGUUAGGGAUCCUGUCACACGAGCCAUAUCCGAUUAUACCCAAGUGCGAAGCAAACGAGCCAACAUGCCGAGGUUCGAGGAUCUCGCGUUUCUGAACGGAUCGAAGAUCGUGGACACGUCGUGGGUACCAUUGAAAAUCGGUGUAUACGCGCGACAUCUAGAAAGAUGGCUCCACUACUUUCCGCUCUCGCAAUUUUUAUUCGUAUCGGGGGAAAGAUUGAUCGUCGAUCCAGUGGCGGAGAUCACGAGGGUGCAGGAUUUCUUGGGCCUAAAGCGAGUCAUUUGCGAGAGACACUUUUAUUUUAAUGCCACGAAGGGAUUUCCCUGUCUGCUCAAAUCUGAGGAACGUCCAACUCCCCAUUGCCUUGGUAAGAACAAGGGUCGUAGCCACCCUUACAUAGACCCCGUAGCAAUACAACGAUUGAGAGAUUUUUAUCGUCCAUUCAACCAACGGUUCUAUCAAUUGACGGGGAUGGAUUUCGGUUGGUUGUGAGAUUAACGCGAGAUAAGUAAAUAACAUAUCGAAUAUAGUUAAGCGACACAUAGUCAAUUUUUAUCGAGACACGA